AAGGAGCGGUUGGGAUGGUUGGUGCUGGAGGGAGCUGGAAAGGGAGCGUGAGCCGGCUUGGUUUUACAGAAAAGGUGGGGGAGAGGUGCUCCCGCCCCGUCUUUGUCUCCUGCUGGUUUCCAUCUCCUCGCAUUGUGCACUCAAACUGCAGCAGAACUACCCUCUAGAAUCAAGUAACUGAAAAACUGAUGAAGUAAUUGAAACAACCAGCUGAAGAUAAUACCCAAUGUAGAAAUCAAUAAUUAUUCUUUUCAAGACAGCCAUGUUUUGAAAUUAGCAGAAGGAGCUUGGGUGGAGGAGACUGAAUCCCCAGAGCUGAGGCGAAUGGUGAGGCCCAGGAGAGCUGAGAGUCUUGGUGAGAAGGACAAGGGACUCGGCUAGGGAAGAAAAUAUGGAUGCCCUGGAGACAGGAAAGAAAUAAAUCUUUAAAAAAAUAAAUAAGGACCACAAACCUCACAGGAGCUCCAAAGACCUGAGUCAUCAGUCCCCGCCUCUGGGACCUUAUCUGCUGCUACUCAUCCUCAUCUGGCCCCACACACAGCCCGCCUGGAGGGCUCUGGUCACAGGUAGGGUUCCUCCCUUCUGUGCCAGACAGCGAGGACAGAUAGUGCGGGCCGCUGGGGAAGGCAGCGCUGCUAUCAGCCGGGCCAGGCGAGGCCAGGCCGGCCAUGGCCUCGGGGGCGCCGGGGGAGCGGCUGCGCGAGGAGGCCAGGUGCCCCGUGUGCCUGGAUUUCCUGCAGGACCCGGUCAGCGUGGCGUGCGGCCACAGCUUCUGCCUCGGGUGCAUCUCAGAGUUCUGCGAGAAGUCCGACAGCGCGCAGGGGGGCCUCUAUGCCUGUCCGCAGUGCCGGGGCCCCUUUGGGCUGGAGAGCUUUCGGCCCAAUCGGCAGCUGGCCAGCCUGGUGGACAGCGUGCGGCAGCUGGGGCUGGGCCCGGGGCGCAUGGGGGUGCGCCAGUGCGCGCGGCACGGCGAGGAGAUGAGCCUCUUCUGCGAGGAGGACCAGGAGGCGCUGUGCUGGGUCUGUGACACCACCCCGGAACACAGGAGCCACCACACGGCGCCGCUCCAGGAGGCAGCAAGGUGUUACCAGGCAAAGCUCCAGAUGGCCCUGGAACUUGUAAGGAAGGAGAUAGAGGAGACCUUCACUCAGGAGGCCAACGUAGGGAAGAAAAUUGUCAUUUGGAAGGAGAAAGUGGAAAUGCAGAGGCAGCGCUUCAGGCUGGAGUUUGAGAAGUAUCGUGGGUUCCUGGCCCUAGAUGAGCAGCUACAGCUGAGGCGGCUGGAGGAGGAGGAGCGAGCCACCCUGCAGAGACUCCGGGAGAGCAAGAACCGGCUGGUGCAGCAGAGCAGGGCUCUGAGGGAGCUGGCUGAGGAGCUGGAGGAGAGGUGCCAGCGCCCAGCGCUGGGUCUGCUGGAGGAAGUCAUCAAAAUUCCAAGUGGAUUGAGAAAGCCAUUGUUGAUAAUGCAUGCAUAUUAUCAUGAUAGAACGCACUGCAAUAGAAGAUUUCUGGCAUUAUGGAGGUGUAACUCACACCUGCUUAUAUUUCUCUUUUACUUUCAGGGUGUGAGAGGAGCCUUGAGCCGAAGUAAGGAUGUCACACAGCUGGAACCGGAGACCAUCCCCAUGGAGCUGAGGACAAUGUGUCGCAUCCCUGGGAUGAGGGAAAUGUUGAGAAAGUUCCAAGUUGAUGUAAAGCUGGACCCUGUCACAGCGCACCCUAGCCUCCUCUUGACGGCUGAUCUACGCAGUGUGCAGGAUGGAGAGCUGUGGAGGGAUCUCCCCAACAAUCCCGAGCGAUUUGACACAUGGCCCUGUAUCCUGGGUUUGCAGAACUUCUCCUCAGGGAGGCAUUACUGGGAAGUCAUAGUGGGAGAAAGAGCAGAGUGGGGCUUAGGUGUCUGUCAAGAGACAGUGCCAAGGAAAGGGGAGACCACACCCUCUCCUGAGAAUGGAGUCUGGGCCAUGUGGCUGCUGAAAGGGAAUGAGUACAUGGUCCUUGCCUCCCCAUCAGUGCCUCUCCUCCACCUGGAACGGCCUCAUUGCAUUGGGAUUUUUUUGGACUAUGAAGCAGGUGAAAUCUCCUUCUACAAUAUAACAAACGGGUCUUACAUCUAUACAUUCAAUCAACUGUUCUCCGGUAUUCUUCGACCUUAUUUUUUCAUCUGUGACACGAUUCCUCUUAUCUUGCCAUCUGUGACAGAUAUGGAGUCAGAAAAUUGGGCAUCCAGGGGUCAUCUUGACUCUGCUUCUAAUGUGAGACACGAUCAUUCCUAAAAUUCUGUUCCUGAGAAUUUUAUGCCUAGCAAAGAAAGAUUCCUGGGGUGGAAUGAGGAUGCAAACGUGCUGAGCCCCAACAAAUGCCUCCAUUCAGAUCAGCACUUUAAUCCUUCCUGCUAUGGACAUUUUUACAUCAGGACAAAACAGAAAAUAUUAAAUAUUUACAUUUGGAGGAGAAUUAUAGGGCAUAUAUAUAUAUAUAUAUAAAUUUAACCAAAUGGUGCUGCACAUUUUCUUGAUGAGGCUUUGUCCAAGUCAAUGGACCUUUUGUUAAGGAUUUCUAUACAUUCAUUAUAAUUUCUCAUUCUUUUUGAUCUCCUUUCGUUCCAACUCAUAUUAAGAAUAAGAAAUGAGUUUUUUGUUGUUGUUGUUUUUGUUUUUGUUUUACAAAUGGCAAGUCUUAAAUUGGUGAACAGUCCGAUAUCACUCCAGCAUCAAUCAGACACAUAAUUUUGUUUCUCUUCCUCUCUCAUUCUGUCUCUCUCUGUCUGCCUCUGUUUCUUUCUUACUCAUGACUUUAUUUUUUGCUUUAUACCUAUUAUUGAUAACAUUCCAUUUCCUUCUAGAUUAACAAAUUCAGAACGAUUUCUUUUUACAUUCAAUUUUCCUAUGACUAUAUUCAUUUACUUUCAAAAUCCUCUUUAUACUGGACUAAUUUCUAAGGAUUAUGAAAUCCAUUCCUCUGAUUCUAAUAUAACUGAUUGACUCCAGACACAUCUAGGACUGCAACUUUUUCCUUUAUUUUUAGAGACUUUUUUUUAGAGUAGAAAUUACUCAGAAUUCUGAUUCAACUAGUUCUUUGACUUAGCCAUUUGCUAGUGGCAAGACCUCAAACAAAUAAACCCUUUGUCUUUAGAUCUCACCAACUUAAUAUGGUUCCUAUAAGUGAAAUAACGAUAUGGACCUUACAAUGCUAUGACAAAUAUUUAAGAUCAUGAUUGAUACGAUCGGUUUUAAUUAAACUUUUCUACUUAAAUACAAUAUAAAGAUGAUGAUGAUGAUGAACCGAUAAUGAUAUUUGACUUAUUUUUAAAGUGUACUCUGUAACUUCCUAAAAAAAUUCUUAAGUCCUUGAAGGGUAACUUUGCUGCUACGUUUCUCUAUAUCUGUGUCUAAUAAAUAAUUGCCAGACAAAUGCUGAAGUGCUUAAAUGCUAAAUAUUUAAAUACCAUACAAUUAUUAGUUAAGGGGAACUUUAGUUAACAUUACUUUAAUAAUAAUCUGCCAACACUUUAAUCCUCCACUUUAACUCUACCUUGAAUUUAACGUAUUUUUCUCUUCCUGAAAGAUCUCUUUGACUAAAAUCUUUCACAUACUUUCCAAUAACAUCAUUAACAUAGUUUUCUUUCUAGAGUUUUUCAACAUUUUUCUUUCCAGGCUUUUUACAUUUGGAGGACUAUCAUGAAGUAUAAUAAUUUUAGCAAUGUAACAAUCUCAUAAACUGUAUUUCCAGAUGGCUCUAUAUACUUUAUUGAUGAGCCCUUGUAUUAAAGAUUUCUGUACAUUCAUGUGUGAUACAUUUUUGUUUGAUCAUAAGCAAACAAGUCCUCUUUCCAUCUCUCCUUUCCAAAUGGAGGUGAUAAUGUAUUCUUAUAUGCCUCUUGUUGAUAUUUUAUAGACCACACAUACCCGAGGCCUCUUCCUUGCAUGGUCUGAGUAGAGAAGAGGCUCAUGCCCUGGAUUACCAUUCAUCUUCCCCAUCAUUGGGGAUUAAGUGAGCUGGCAAUGUAGUAUAUACCUAUUCAUGUCACUGUAAGGCCAGGGAUCCAUGACAGGAGACCAUAUGGAGAACAUACACUCACAGCAGUAGAGACCCUUCCCCAUGGGCAUCAGGAGGGAUGGAGUCACUGCUCUGAGAUUAUACCUCCCCAGGGGCUUCUACCCAUUCACUUAAGCUUAAGAAGCAGAAGGACACCACAGCAAAGCCUCAGGCCUUUCACCCUCUUCAAGGCAUGAACAGAGAAUGACUAGUCCCUAGAGAAAGUUAACAUCCUGGUUUCCACUGUCUCCCUCCCAUCCUGUUACCUCACUUUGCAUCUUAUCAUGAUUUAUGUCAAUUAUUCAACCAACUUAAGUCUUCCUUCAUCCCUUGCUUUCCAAACUUCACGAAGUUUUGUGCAUCUGCUAUUAUGACCCUUUUUCCUUUCCCUCCCCAAUUCCUGAAAGGUGUCUUCUGUUCUCUCUGGAAUUCCGGUUCAUCAACAGCUAACUUUAAAUCAUCUUUAAAAAUCUUUCCUGUUCGCUGAACUCUCCUUUACUUUCUUCUCUGUCCUUUCUCCUAAAACACACACACACACACACACACACACACACACAGGCUUCUCCAUCUCAGUGGAAGGGAACUGUGUCCUUUCAAUUGCUCAGGGCAAGAAUCUGGUUGACUCCUCUCUUGAUUUCUUUAGCCCUCACCCAGCCCAUCAGCAAACCUUUGGCUUUACCUUCAGAAUACACACAGUUCAACCAGUCCUAACCACUCUGCUGCUCUAACUCUGGUUUGAACUUCCAUCGUCUUCCCCUGGGUUACUAUAAUAGUUUCUUAACAGUCAACUUGGCUGUACUCCAGCCCCUCCCAUGUCCAUUAUCAAUGCACAGUUGGGCUGAUCCUUCAGUUCCCAAGACAGUAGUUCCAGUGCAAUGACUUUACAUUGAACUUAAAAUUAAAGCCAUAAUCUUUACAGUGAGCCUUCAAACUCUGGAGUAUCUGAACACCAGUUCCUUACCUAAUUCUGAUUCUGUCUCCAUCCACAUACUGCUGGUUUCAUCCUCCUCCUCCUACUCUGGCAUCUAGGCUGGGUUUACACUAGACCAGGCACUUCCCACCAUGGGACCUUUCUCCGAGCUGUGCCCUCUACCUGAAAUUCCCUUUUCCCACAUUUCUGCUUUACUCAUACCCCCCCCCACUUUUUCUUCCCAUUAAACCUGCUCAAACCCAGCUUCUCAGUCAGAACUCUACAGUCUGAACAACCUCAGAGUCCACCCAGAGCCCACACUCCCAAUGCUUUUUUUCCAGUAUUAUACUUAACAAUUUCUAAAUGUAUUCUAUUAUAUUGUUAUCUUAUUUAUUGGGUUUGUUUUUGUUUGUUUGUUUUGCCUUUUCUUGGUAGAAUGCAAGCACUCUGAAGGAAGGGAUCUUUGUCUAUUGAUAACAGUAUUUUCUACAUAUCUCAAGCACCUCAAAUACUGCCUUGUACAUGGUUAUCACUCAAUGCAUAUUUGUUGAAUAAAUAAAUGAUUGACUUUCAGGGGACAGAUUUCAAUGGUGGGUCUAAAAGUGUUUUGCGAAAUACAAUAUAUUAUUACUAUUAUUUAUAACUAUUCAACCACUGACCAAUAAAUUUUAA